AUGUCCAACAAAGCUGACAGUGGGAAAUCCUACCACCUGCAAUGCACAGGCGUGGCGAAGGAGACCGCUGAUGCUCAUAACGCUGCCAAAGACAUCACGCUGUUCGGGAGCUGUUUCUGUCCUUUCGUUCAGCGCGUCUGGGUUGCGCUCGAAUACCUCGGGAUAGACUAUAAGGUGCGGGUCCGAUUAUACGAUGAGGUCGAUCCAUACAAGAAACCAGCCGAUCUAUUAGAGGUCUCACCAAAGGGCCUAGUACCAGCCUUGAGGCUCGAGAAUUACAACCCGCCGCGCGCCGUGAACGAGAGUACGGUCAUAUUGGAGUUCCUGGAAGAUAUUGCAGCAUCUACCACAAAACGAAGCCUCCUCCCUCCUGUGACUGAGCCAUAUGCGCGAGCCCUCAUACAUCUGCAGGCCGACCAUGUCAAUCGCACGCUAGUCCCCGCCUUCUACCGCUACAUCCAAGCACAGGACGAAGAGAAACAGAUUCAGGGCGCGAAAGACUUCGUUGAAGCUAUUCACGGCCUGAUCAAGCUCUUCCAACGUGCAGAGAAAGAGGGCGAGUCCACUUGUGGCUUGUGGCGCGAGGGCGGCACACUCAGCUUGGCUGAUGUUGUGGCUGGACCCUGGCUCUUCCGGUCUACGAACGUGCUCGUCCACUACCGUGGAUUUGCUGUACCAGCAGGGCCACAAUUCCGGGCUUACCUCGACCGCCUUUUUAACUACCCCGCGUUCAAGAGGACAUGCAGCAUCGAAGACCUGUACAUUGAUAGCUACGAGCGAUACGCACACAAUCGUCCCAACACGAGCCAGGUUGCGAACGCGAUCAAUGCCGGCACAACACUCCCGUGAGGAGCUGGUCAGGAUCCAUGAGUGAUACGGCAUGUGGGAAGCCGGCAGUCGCACUGUGUGGUGUAUGUAUGUACGAUAUCCCGAUACUGAGCGCGCGAACGUCCGCCAAGAAUCCAGAGACUUGCAGCGGCGGGCAACUAGUCGAUGAAGUCCUGCACCCAUUGGCUUGCUAUGCCCGAUGACUCAUAGUACCGCUGCCCUCGUGGAUUGUCCGGUACGAAGCUCAGUUCGUGCGUCUUGCGAGACUCACCAGGUGGCUGGCAGCCCAUGGAUUAUCCCCAGAGGUCUCCGCAGCACAGAAGUACGGUGCCAGUGGGUCCA